AAGGUUCGACAUUCUCACCGCUUCUUCUAUCUCUUAAUGCAAUACAUCAUCAUCUGUCCAUCUUUGCAGUAGAUGAAAGAGAAGAGAGAGAAAGCUAGAGAGAGAGAGCGCAACUGAACCAAUAGAGCAGUUCCAGCAGGAGAAAGAGGAGAGAGAAAGAAAAGUGAGAGAAAUGGGUGUGGAUUACUACAAGAUUCUGCAGGUUGACAGGAAUGCUAAGGAUGAGGACCUGAAGAAAGCUUAUAGAAAGCUUGCAAUGAAAUGGCAUCCUGAUAAGAACCCUAACAACAAGAAGGAAGCCGAGGCCAAGUUCAAGCAAAUUGCAGAAGCCUAUGAGGUUCUAAGUGACCCCCAAAAGCGAGAAAUUUACGAUCGAUAUGGCGAAGAAAGCCUCAAAGCACAAGUCCCCCCUCCAAGCUCUGGUGGUUUCUUCCCUGGUGGUGAUGGGCCCACUACCACCACCUUUAGCUUCAAUCCUCGAAGCGCUGAUGACAUUUUUGCCGAAUUCUUUGGAUUUUCAAGGCCUUUUGGUGGUGGUCGCUCGUCUAGAUUCGGUGGUGCUGGUUUAUUUGGAGAUGAUUUUUUCGGGUCGUUUGGUGAGCCAUCUCUGAACCAGGAACAAUCUCAGCCAAGAAAGGCUCCUCCUUUGGAGAAGACACUGCCUUGUAGCCUCGAGGAAUUGUACAAGGGGACAACAAAGAAGAUGAAGAUAGCUAGGGAGAUUGCUGAUAUAAGUGGGAAGACCAUACCAGUGGAGGAGAUCCUUACCAUCGACAUAAAACCAGGCUGGAAGAAGGGCACCAAGAUCACAUUCCCGGAAAAAGGCAAUGAGCACCCAAAUGUAAUACCUGCCGACCUCGUCUUCACAAUCGAUGAGAAACCUCACGAUGUGUUCACAAGGGACAGCAAUGACAUAAUUGUAACGCAACGAGUCCCAUUGGCUGAUGCCUUAUCAGGCUACACGGCUCGUAUCAAAACCCUGGAUGGCCGAACUCUGACUAUCCCCAUUACUAAUGUUAUACACCCUAACUAUGAAGAGGUGGUUCCAGGAGAGGGUAUGCCAUUACCAAAGAACCCUUCUAAGCGGGGUAACCUGAGGAUCAAAUUCGAUACUACGUUCCCCUCUCGGCUUACACAAGACCAGAAGGCUGGGAUGAGGAGACUGCUCACGGGCGCCUAGGAUUAGGGUUUGGUGGUGGGGCUCUUCAAGCUUGCUUGCUCUUCAUGUGAAUACAACUUUUCUGCUUCUAGUUUUUUUCUUUUUUUAAAUUGGGGUUUUCCCUGCAUGGCUCAAUUGGAAGUGGCUGUUGUCACCUUGGUUAUGUGUUUGAGCUUGGAUUAGUCAUAAACAAAUGUAGAAAGAAGGAAAAAGUUUAUGGUUCGCUGUUGA